GCGGGCUAGCGGGACGGGGCGAGGGGCGCGGAGGUGGCCGAGCCCAGGCGGGCCCGGAGCCGGAGCCGCGAUCGCGCCCCAAGAUGGAGGCCCCCGGGCCGGUCCCGCCGCCCCGCCGCUUCACCUGGGAGGAGAUCGCGCAGCGCUCGGCCCGCGGGCCGCCGCCCCAGGAGCGGUGGCUGGUGAUCGACAGGAAGGUGUACGACAUCAGCCGCUUCCACCGGCGGCACCCCGGCGGCUCGCGGGUCAUCAGCCACUACGCCGGGCAGGACGCCACGGAUCCUUUCAUAGCAUUUCAUCCUGACAAGGCACUGGUGAGAAAGUACAUGAGCCCCCUCUUGAUUGGGGAGUUGGCACCAGAUCAACCCAGCUUUGAGCCCAGCAAGAAUAAAAAGCUGGUAGAAGAUUUCCGUGAACUCCGUGCAACUGUUGAGAAGAUGGGACUUCUCAAACCCAACCGCACCUUUUUCAUGCUGCAUCUCUGUCACAUCUUGUUGUUGGAUGUUGCAGCUUGGCUCACCAUCUGGUAUUUUGGAUCAUCCACAGUGCCUUUCCUCAUCUCUGCAGUGCUUCUAGGCACUGUCCAGGCCCAGGCUGGCUGGCUCCAGCAUGAUUUUGGACAUCUUUCCGUCUUCAGCGAAUCCAGAUGGAACCACUUGGUGCAUAAAUUUGUGAUUGGCCAUCUGAAGGGAGCACCAGCCAGCUGGUGGAAUCACCUCCACUUCCAGCACCAUGCUAAACCCAACUGCUUCCGAAAGGACCCUGAUGUUAACAUGCACCCCUUAUUUUUUGCUUUGGGAAAAACACUCUCUGUAGAGCUUGGUGUCCAAAAGAAGAAAUUCAUGCCUUAUAACCACCAGCACAAGUACUUCUUCAUCAUUGGUCCCCCGGCUCUGGUGCCUCUUUACUUCCAGUGGUACAUAUUCUACUUUGUGGUACAGAGGAAACAGUGGGUGGACCUGGCCUGGAUGCUGACCUUCUAUGUCCGAUUCUUUCUGACCUACCUGCCCUUGCUGGGUGUGAAGGGUAUCCUGGGGCUUCAUCUGUUAGUCAGGUUCAUAGAGAGUAACUGGUUUGUCUGGAUCACACAAAUGAAUCACAUCCCAAUGCAUAUUGAUUAUGAUAAGAACGUAGACUGGUUCUCUACCCAGCUCCAGGCAACCUGUAAUGUUCAUCAGUCCUUAUUCAACGACUGGUUUAGUGGACAUCUGAAUUUCCAAAUUGAGCACCACCUUUUUCCUACAAUGCCUCGACACAAUUACUGGAAGGUGGCCCCUUUGGUGAAGUCCCUGUGUGCCAAACAUGGCAUUGAGUACCACUGCAAGCCACUGCUCACCGCCUUUGCAGAUAUAGUGCACUCUUUGAAAGAUUCAGGGGAGCUCUGGCUAGAUGCCUAUCUACAUAAAUAAGAAGCAGAGGAUCCUUACAGAGGAAUUCCCCACCCUUGGUGCCUCCUGUGGUGAUCACCUGGAUGAUACUGCACAAAGGAGAGAGAGCUGGCUAAGCCAGAGGUGGGGAGGUGACACAGCUUAAUUCUAGUGAUGAAUGUGAUUUAAUGGACUUUUUUAAAAGGUGUGUUCUUAAUUCUUCUUGUGCUUUUUUGAUUUCUCUUCUCUGGGGUUGAGUUACAAGGAAAAGUAGAACGGAGGAGCUUAUCUUCCAUCAAGCCGGAGAGGCUUCUUUGGGACUGGGAACCUAUUGCCUUCUAUCUGCUAAUACUGCAUUUACUGAGUAUAUAGGAGGGAAGUCUCUUAAGUAACAGUGAGGUGGCUUUCAUUAUGAAUGUAGUAAGAAAGUUGAGACAGCAUGCGAUGGGAGUUACUGAAAUGUGGAGGCAAAAAGGAAAAAUUGUGUAGGUGCUACACUUUCAAAAACCCACGUGCAAUUAGCAAUGGCAAUGGAAGUACCCAAACCAAGGGGACAGUACAGAGCGUAUGAGAGCUCAUGCCAAUAUGUAUGUGUACGGGUGAGGAGGAAAAAAAGGUGCAGGCAGCAGUUCUGUAGGAAUAAGCAUGAAGAAAUUAGAGACCUAACUGAGGCAGAGAAACAGGAAAGAACAGGUUAUUCCCCAGGCCUGUAAAUGUGAGAGCUGGGCAUGCCCUUGUCUGUGGGAAUGCUCCCCUGCACAUCUCUUCUGUGCUGAAGGCCUCUGAGUUAUUUGCCCAUGUGUAAUUUCCCAUGGAGUCUCUGCAAGUGUCCUUCACAGUGCCAUACUUUCGUGUUACUGAACCAAUUACUAAAAGUGAGAAGAGACAACAGAAAUAUGGAACGUCCAUGCUCACAACUCAACCCAUGUAGGGAUCCCUAAGGAAGCAAAAGGAUAAUCAGUCUGUGGGCCACCUGAAGCUUCACUUAUAUUUGAAACUCUGGUCAAAUGGAUGACUUGUUAAGUAGAGAGAACUCGGAACUUCUGGCCCAGGGAGUAUGAGGUGUUUCUGUCUUACCUGCAGACAAAUUUAAUUGAGUUGUAAAAAUGUUAGUGUUUAGGAUACUGUUUAAAUUAUUUUUAACUUUUCAACCAGCAAAAGUCAGCAGGCUGCAUACCCUUAGGCACACAUCAGCCAAAAUAUUACUGAACUUUCUCUGUUGGAUGAUGCGCAUUCAAAAUACACCUCACAAAGACAUGCACUAUGUGAUCUGUUGUAACUAGCCUUAGUGCCUUCCCUGGUGUCUUUUCCUUUACUACACCAAAUGGGAUAUAGCUCUUAGCAUACCAGUAAUGAAGAUGUCUUCAUUACCUUUUUGUCUUUAAGCUUUUAGCUUUUUUCUGUGUUCUGGGACCAAUCCUUUUUUUUCCUAUUGUCUCUCAUGUAGAUAAACAAGGUAGUUUUCCACCUGUUUGGUGUUCUCUUCUUUGCCAAUCUACUAACUGUUAAUACAGUGUGCCUGACAGCUUUCCAUGACCUGUUACCUCAGUAACAGUGGGUUAGUGCCCAAAAGGGGUUGAUUCUGAGGAAGGUAAUGGUGCCUUCCCUGGUCAGUGUCAAAAAGGAAUAUGACUUGUGAGGGAAUAGAAGAAAUGCAUCUCUUCAGGCCAAGGUUAUUGUUAAAUGCAGAAUAAAAUUGUAAUGGAAAAAUAAAAAUAUCAUUAAAUCAUUGAUAAAGGUUGAUUAAAAAACUAUAAAAAAAAAAAAAGGGCCAACAAAGGCCCAACUGAGGCCCCACAACUCUUUUACCUUGUUUUUCCUUGUGUGUUUUUCUCCCUCUUCUUAUUAGAACUAUUGAUGGAGGAAAUAAUAAAAUUCCUUAUCUUACUAAUUACUUCUGCCAUCACCGUAAAAUAUGUUUGUGCAAGAUUCAUCACUCUUUAAAAUGUAGAAUAAAUGUCCACAGCUGCAGAAAGAGAACUGUCAUAAAACUCAGCGUUUGUAUUUCAGAGGAAGGGAACACUUAAUUAGCUUCGUCCUUUGUAACUUGUGUGAAGUAUGCAGUACAAAUAAUAAACCAAAAUGAAUCUUAU